AUGAGUCCAUAUAAUGUUGGUCUAUUGAUUGUAUCAGACACAGCAUUCCAGGAUAAUUCACAAGAUCGUUCCACAUCAAAAAUUGAAGAAUUUUUCAAUAAUCUUGAACAAAACCCAGGUUAUAAAAUAAUUAAAAAAGAUAUAGUACCUGAUUCAAUUGAACAAAUUCAAUUAAAAUUAAAACAAUGGACUGAAAAUGAUGAUUUAAAAUUAAUCUUAACCUCUGGUGGAACUGGGUUUAGUGAUAAAGAUAUAACACCAGAAGCUGUUAAACCAUUGUUAGAAAAAGAAGCAAGUGGGAUUAUACAUACAAUGUUAUCAUAUUCUUUAAAAAUUACACCUUUUGCAAUGAUGUCAAGACCUGUAGCAGGUAUCAAGAAUAAAAGUUUGAUCAUUACAAUACCAGGUUCGCCAAAAGGUGCAGUGGAAAAUAUUGAAGGUAUAAUUGGUGUUUUAGGUCAUGCUUUAAAACAAAUUGGUAAUGAUAGUUCAAGAAGUUUACACAAGGUUGAAAAUCCAGAGAUUACUAAAAUCCCUGAUACACCAAAGACAGAAAGUCAUAGUCAUGGUCAUGGUCAUCACCACCAUCAUCAUGGACAUUCAGGACAUUCAGGACAUGGUGUUAAACGUCAUAUAAUUUCAAAUGAUUUGAAUAAACCAAUAACUCAAAGAGCAAGAUCAUCACCAUAUCCAAUGAUUGAAGUUUCAGAAGCAUUGGAAUUAAUAAACAAACAUACUCCAAAAUCAGAAAUUAUCAUAAAACAAAUCAAUGAUCCAUCAAUAACUGGUUAUAUCCUUGCUGAAGAUAUUUAUGCAGAUAUUAAUGUCCCAAAUUUUGAAGCAAGUAUAGUUGAUGGUUAUGCAGUUAUUAAUACAGAUGGUCCUGGUAUUUAUAAAGUUGUUCAAGUUUCUCAUGCAUCACCUUCUUUACCAAAUUUUUUAAAACCUGGGGAAAUUGCAAGAGUUACCACUGGUGCUCCUAUACCACAGGGGGCAAAUGCUGUUAUUAUGGUUGAAGAAACAGAAUUGGUUUCAACAAAGAAUAAUGGAGAAGAAGAAGAUGAGAUUAAGAUAUUAGCCAAGGGGGUUGAAGUUGGUGAUAAUGUUAGAAAAUCUGGUUCUGAUAUUAGUAAAGGUGAAUUAGUCUUGAGGAAAGGAACAAUUAUAUCACCAGUUGGUGGAGAAAUUGGUGUUUUAGCAAGUAUUGGUAAGACCUCUGUUAAAGUUUAUCAAAAACCAAUAAUUGGUGUACUUUCUACAGGUGAUGAAUUGGUUGAUUUAAGUGCAAAUUGUCCAAAUUUCCAAUUAAAACAUGGUCAAAUAUUUGAUACUAAUAGACCAUUAUUAUUACAAACUUUACAAAAUUGGGGAUUUGAAGUUGUUGAUUUAGGUAUAGCAAAUGAUUCUUCACAGGCAACAGAGGAUAAGUUACACAAGGCGUUUAAAAAUUUAAAUGUUGAUUAUAUAGUUACAACAGGUGGUGUUUCAAUGGGAGAAUUAGAUUUAUUAAAACCCACAAUUGAACAAAAAUUAGGUGGUAUAAUUCAUUUUGGUAGAGUUGCAAUGAAACCUGGUAAACCAACAACAUUUGCUACAAUUGAUAAACCUGAAAUAUAUAAUGGGAAAAGAAAAAUCAUGUUUGCAUUACCAGGAAAUCCAGCAUCUGCUAGCGUUACAGCUCAUUUAUUUUUAUUACCUUCAUUAAGGAAAUUUUCAGGUUAUAUUAAUAUUAAAUCAUCUGAAAGUUUACCAACAUUAUCAGAAAUCGAUGUUUAUUUAACAAAAGAUACUAAAUUAGAUCCAAGACCUGAAUAUCAAAGAGCUUUUAUUCAUCAGCAGGGUGAUCGUUUAGUAGCUGAUACCACUGGAUUCCAAAGAAGUAGUAGAGUUGGAAGUAUUGCCGGUGCCAAUGCUUUAUUGGUAUUACCUUCAAGUAAAGAAGUGAGUUCAGGGGUAUUGACAAAGGGUACUAAAGUAAAGGCAAUAAUCAUAACCACCUUGUGA